CCCCUCUAUCAGAAAGCCAUGUCCUCCUCGCCUGUUCAUUUGAGACCUCCCUUCCGUGCUGAACACAUUGGUUCUCUCUUACGCCCCGCAGCCCUCUUUCAAAAGCGCGAGCUACUGGAAGAGAAGCAGUGCACUCUGCAGGACCUCAAGGCCGUCGAAGAUGAUGCCAUAAAGCAUGUAGUUAGGCUUCAACAAGAGCUAGGUAUCAAAACUAUUACCGAUGGUGAGCUCAGAAGGGGUGUAUUUUUCGAAGGAGUUUUUGAUACCCUAGAGGGGAUGACUUCCAUUCCCAACCGACCCAUAUCCACGUUCAAGCCUUAUAUACCUCACAUUGCAUUUAUGUAUGCAGCGGGACUCCAAGAGUCUGAAAGCGUGUUUUGUAUCGGAAAAAUCAAACGAACAAAGGGUUUCUAUAUUGAUGAUUUCAAGUAUCUCAAGACCCUGGUCUCGCCGGAGGAUGUAAAGUUUAUCAAGAUCACCAUGUGCUCACCCUCGUGGUUUCAUCAGCGCCAUGGGUCGGACCUGACAUAUGACCUUUCGGUCUAUAACAAUGAUGACGAAUAUUUCGACGACCUCGGGCUCGCCUAUCGUGAGGAAAUUAAAGAGUUGUACGACAUUGGCUGCCGUCAUAUCCAAAUCGAUGAUCCUACCUUUUGCUAUUUCUGCAACGAAAACAUGAUCGCCGGAAUGGAGAAGGCUGGCGUCGAUCAUGAAGCACUUUUGGAUACAUAUAUACGUGCUAUCAACGUCUGCACUCAAGGACGCCCUGAUGAUUUAACUAUCGGAGUUCACAUGUGUCGGGGUAAUUUCAAGGGCGGUGUGCAUUUCUCAGAAGGUGGUUACGACCGCAUUGCCGUCAAGCUCUUCAACACCCUCGAUGUAGAUACCUAUUACCUCGAAUAUGAUACAGAACGGGCCGGAAACUUUACACCUUUGAAGCAGCUACCUCUCAACAAGGUCGCAGUUUUGGGUUUGGUGACGACUAAAAACCCAAAGCUCGAGUCCGUGGCCGACCUGAAAGCGCGAGUCAAUGAGGCAGUUCAAGCUUUGUGCGAAGGUAGUCCCAAACGCUCCAAAGCAGUUGCGCUGGAUCAAUUAUGCAUCAGCACUCAGUGCGGCUUCGCAUCUGUGUGGCAGGGCAAUCCCGUCACGGAAGAGGAUGAGAAGAAAAAGCUCGCCCUCUUGGUUGAGACGGCCAAACAAAUCUGGACCGAUGUUUGAGGUGGACUAUUAUUUUCACCGCUAUCAUUUUUGGAUAUAACACAGGCUACGCUCGCACACUAUAAAUCCGAUGCUCCGAAUCCUCUUAUCUGUGCAUACGACACAUGUCUGAAAAUCUGACAGUGAAUCUUUGAUAUCAAGUC